AUGAAGACCAUGAUAUGGUUAAUAUUUGUCGCUCUAUGUAUUCGUGGAAUGUUGGCCAGUAGUGGCGGAGGGCACUUAAGUUCAGGUACACUGGGUUUCACAAACGAAAUGAGCUUGCAAUUUUCUCAUCACUCUGCUCUACGUGGAAACUAUAUUGAUAUUAUAUUUAAAGUUGACGAUUGGGUUUUGCAAGAAUAUCGUUAUUAUUAUUAUAGUAUACGUCUGUUUGGUACAACAAAUAGUGAAUAUUUACCUCGACAACGGUUGAAUGAAAGUCAAAAUUUAUUACGUCUACUUCGCCUUGAAGAUGGUGAUUAUGUUAUUUGUUUAACAUUUGUGGAUAAUUUUGAAACGCUAUUUAAACCACGAUAUGGAUGUUACGAUUUAACAAAAGGAGAAAAAACGAUUGGCUCACAUCAUGGAUCGAAAACCGGUUAUUUAGUGCCGUUACUAGUAUUAGUAGUAUUUGUAUUACAAGUUAUUAUUGCUGUUUUACAUCAUAUUAAAGCUAAAAAUUAUGCACAAAAACUUCUAAAUCGUUUUAUUGACACAGGUUCAGACAAUUUACAUUCAAAAUCAAUCAAAGAUUUAACAAAGCAUCUUGAUAAAAAUCUGGUACAAGUAACUCGUUUACCAGUUUCUGUUCAACGUCGUUUAUCACGUGUUGCCGAUGUUGAUAGUGUUCAACAUAGUCUAGGUUUUGUCAAUGAAUAUGAACCUCCAACGCAUUCAACUAUAAUGGGUAAUGGUUAUACUAGACAAACAAGCAAGCUGAGUAACAAUCAUCGCAGGUUGUCAUCUCGUUGUAGUUUAGAAACUGUACCAGAACACGUAGAAAGUGUUGAAUCAAUGAAACAUUUAUUUGAUUCAGCGCCGUGGUUAAGACGUGCAAGUAAAAGAUCUUCAUUUAAAGGUAAAAGUGUUAUUCAUCCCACUGGAAAAUUUUAA